AUGGGGAAAACAUUCAACUGGUUUCGCAGCCUCUUCGGCCUCCUCAAAGUUGAGGAAAACCCGAAACAAGAGCAGCAGCAACAGCAGCAGCAACAGCAGCAGCAACAGCAGCAACAGCAGCAGCAACAGCAGCAGCCAAAGACAGGUUGGCGAUUCGGCAAAUCACGUCGAGAAUCGCAGAAGGUUGCAACCUCCGGCGUUGAUACUAAGAAGCAUGCUAUUGUCACUGAAGGAAUCGCAAGAGCUGCCGUUUCAACCGCUCAAGAGACUGUCGCAAUGGUGAGUCUGACAAACAGAAGGAUGCUAAAAGGGAUUCGAGAAUAUGCGGCUGUUAAGAUUCAAUCCUAUUUUCGCAGUUAUCUGUUAGGCAACAACAUCGGCAGUCAGAGUUUAAGCACUUCAAACGAUUCAACCGCACAAGAUCGUGUAAUUCCGAGCCCAUCUGCUGGCGAAAUCCAAUCGGUUGAUCAUUACAAAACGAAAGAGACUCCUUUCUUCACGCCAAGUAAUAGCCCAAUGAUGAUGUGUAAUUCAAGAAGCGAAUAUGGAGAGUCUAGCCACCACUCGAGUUACAUGGCAUAUACGGAGUCUUCUAAAACUAAGAUUAGAUCUCUUAGUGCACCAAAACAGAUGAUUACUAACCAGUUGGAGAGGUUGGGUUCAACAAAGAGGCAUUUGGAUUAUGGAUCAUCUUCACCUUCUCCUUAUGCCAACUUUGCAAACAAACUUUACCCUGGUUCAGUUCUCUCUUCUUUGAAAUUAUCAAUUUCCAUCAUGGGGAAAACAUUCAACUGGUUUCGCAGCCUCUUCGGCCUCCUCAAAGUUGAGGAAAACCCGAAACAAGAGCAGCAGCAACAGCAGCAGCAACAGCAGCAGCAACAGCAGCAACAGCAGCAGCAACAGCAGCAGCCAAAGACAGGUUGGCGAUUCGGCAAAUCACGUCGAGAAUCGCAGAAGGUUGCAACCUCCGGCGUUGAUACUAAGAAGCAUGCUAUUGUCACUGAAGGAAUCGCAAGAGCUGCCGUUUCAACCGCUCAAGAGACUGUCGCAAUGGUGAGUCUGACAAACAGAAGGAUGCUAAAAGGGAUUCGAGAAUAUGCGGCUGUUAAGAUUCAAUCCUAUUUUCGCAGUUAUCUGGCGAGAAAGGCAUUACGUGCGUUAAAAGGACUAGUGAAGCUGCAGGCAAUGGUAAGAGGUUACAUCAUUAGGAAGAGAACCAAGCAUAUGAUAGUGCAGUUUCACUCUUUGAUUCGCAUCCAAGAUCGUGCCAGCUUGACACGAGCCCAAGCUUCUCAAUUGCCUCGUAGUUCUCUCGCCAAACUUGCAAAAUCAAAGAGUGGGCGUUUUCAAAUGAUGAACGGGUUGAAAUCUAUUGUUCGUCGAGCAAGCGAUCUGGACAAUGUAGUGAAUCAUAGGAAAUGGAACUCUCUCGUGAAUUGCUUCACCCAAGCUGAUAACAUAGAAGAUGUUGCAGACCACAGUACACCGGGAACAGAAUUCACACAACAGUUAGGCAACAACAACAUCGGCAGUCAGAGUUUCAGCCCUUCAAACGAUUCAACCGCACAAGAUCGUGUAAUUCCGAGCCCAUCUGCUGGCGAAAUCCAAUCGGUUGAUCAUUACAAAACGAAAGAGACUCCUUUCUUCACGCCAAGUAAUAGCCCAAUGAUGAUGUCAAGAAGCGAACAUGGCGAGUCUAGCCACCACCCGAGUUACAUGGCGUAUACCGAGUCUUCUAAAGCUAAGAUUAGAUCUCUUAGUGCACCAAAACAGAGGAUUACUAACCAGUUAGAGAGGAUGGGUUCAACAAAGAGGCAUUUGGAUUAUGGAUCAGCUUCGCCUUCACCUUCACCUUCUCCUUAUGCCAACUUUGCAAACAAACUUUACCCUGGUUCGGGUCGGAUGGAUAAAGUCAAUGUGCCCGGUCUCCUAUUUGAUCCCAAGUAGAAAUAAUUGGUAUGUCUUUGUUUGGUCAUUUUGCUAGCAAACCAUGUUUUUUUAUUGUUG